AUGGAGAAGUUUCUGAGGGAUUGGAGGCAGGAUGCCCUCAACAAGGCACAAUAUGAAUCGGCCAUCUUUAUCGGAGACAAGCUCCUCGCCUUGACCAACGACGACAACGAUGCGUUUUGGCUUGCCCAAGUCCACUUUGCGACUGGAAACUACACACGUGCGCAAUCGUUCCUCUCCAAGCAAGACCUCAUCAGCCGCAAUCCCGCCUGUCGCUAUCUUGCCGGUCACUGUCUCAUCAAACAGUCUCGAUUCGACGAGGCCUUGGCUGUCCUUGGGGAGCGCAAUCCGACACACCUGAUAUCCAAUGGCCCGAGCAACAAGCGCAAGGCCUCAAACCAGGCUCGCAGCGGGCGAAGACGAGACGACGAUGCCGGGGACGAUGAGGCGGCCACCCGACGAUUCGAGGCAGCUAUGUGCUUCCUCCGGGGCAUCUGCUAUGCCAAGCAAAAUGCUUUUGAUCGUGCCAAGGAAUGUUACAAGGAUGCGGUUCGGAUCGACGUGCAGUGCUUCGAGGCGUUCCAGCAGUUGAUGAAGAAUUCUCUCCUAUCGCCAGACGAGGAGUGGCAGUUUCUCGACAGCCUAGACUUUGAUUCAAUACAUCUCUCGGGAGAUCCAAAGUCCUCUCAGGAAGCGGCCGAGUUCACAAAGAUGCUCUACACGACACGGCUUUCUAAAUACAGAAAUCCCGCGGCAUUCGAUACCGCCUACGAUUCACUGUCAACACACUACCAGCUGGCCGCUAACCCCGACCUACAGCUUGCUCGAGCCGAUUUACUGUACACGCAGUGCCGAUACCGAGACGCCCUGACCAUUACCAACGCCAUCUUGGAAGAGGACAAGUACAACUUUGCGAUAUACCCCGUCCACCUCGCCUGCCUCUACGAACUCAAGAUGAAGAACCUGCUGUUCCUGAUUUCACACGACCUGGCAGACACCCACCCCGAAGAGCCCUGUACAUGGUUAGCCGUGGGCAUCUAUUAUUUCAGCAUCAAAAAAAUUGCAGAAGCCAGGCGGUAUUUUAGCAAAGCGAGCAUGAUGGACGCACAUUUUGGCCCUGCCUGGAUAGGGUUCGCACACACGUUCGCCGAGGAGGGAGAGCAUGACCAGGCCAUUUCAGCAUAUUCAACGGCAGCACGCCUCUUCAUGGGCACCCACCUACCGCAGAUAUUCCUGGGGAUGCAGAAUCACGCACUCAACAACAUGACUAUUGCAGAAGAAUUCCUCAAGACUGCCUACGGGCUGUGCAAGACGGACCCACUGCUUCUCAAUGAGAUGGGCAUUGUUAAAUACCACCAAGACAAUCCAAAGGACGCCGUCCAAUAUUUCACAGCAGCCCUCAAGGUGGCCGACGAGAAUGACAGUGAACCGUCAGCAUGGCUCGCGGCGAGGACAAAUCUAGGACACGCUUUUCGCCGGCUGCGGCACUAUAACCGAGCACUGGCGGAGUUUGACGAGGUACUACGAGCAGGUGGCAAGGAUGCGGCCAUCUUUAGCGCCAAGGGGCUCAUUCUGAUGGAACAAAACAAGCCACAGGAGGCGGUUGUUGUCCUUCACGAGGCCCUGGCCAUCCACCCGCAGGAUAGCAUCGCGACAGAGCUUUUGAACAAGGCGUUGGAAGAAACGGCUUUAGUGGACGGAGCUGCGGAGGAGGAAGCAGACGACUUGGCGGAUUUCGAGCAACUGCUGGAAAGAAAGAAGGUGGAAGCGUCUCAGAAGGUGUACGGCAACAGACCUGGCCGCAGCAUGAUGGACAAGGGAAAGGGGCGGGUAGGUAGGCGGCGGACGAUGUUGAUUGACGAUGAAGACGAAAAGGAAGAGACUGGGAUGGAAAUGACGGACGACGAUGACAAUGACGAGGUCUAG